AUGAUAAGCUAUCGAGAAUGCGUUGUUUGGGAAGCUGUUCGGGGAACCAAGUGUCGAGACCAAUGGCUGGAACUUAUAGCAUCAGAGGGACAAAAUUCGAGGCAUGCUGAGGCCAACGUUGAGGCUCAGAGUUCUAAGCCUGUGGUGCUUGAGGUUGAGGCUGAGAGUCCGAAGUCGGCUGAACCCAAUGUAGAGUUUGGGCAUUCGAAGUCUUUUUGA